GGAGUGGAGCCUCCCGGAAAAUGCUCUUCUCUUCCGUGUGCGCCGGAUGGGGGUGGGGGUGGGCCAGAAACUGAAGGCCACGGUCGGGAGAGCCGACGGGACCCGGACCUCCGGGCGGAGGCGGGAGAGGAGUCGGACAGGAUGGCCGGGGCCGGCGGCCAGCACCACCCCCCGGGAGCGGCGGGAGGAGCGGCAGGCGCCACGGUCACCCCCGCCACUGUCCCGGCGGGGCCCGGAGACGACUCGUCCGACAGCGAAGCGGAGCAGGAGGGACCCCAGAAGCUGAUCCGCAAAGUGUCCACCUCUGGGCAGAUCCGCACCAAGACCAGUGUUAAAGAGGGACAGCUGUUGAAGCAAACCAGUUCUUUCCAAAGGUGGAAAAAGCGAUACUUCAAACUUCGAGGUCGUACACUUUAUUAUGCAAAGGACUCAAAGUCUCUGAUAUUUGAUGAAGUUGACCUCUCAGAUGCCAGUGUAGCUGAAGCAAGCACAAAAAAUGCUAACAACAGCUUCACGAUAAUCACUCCAUUUAGAAGACUAAUGCUGUGCGCUGAGAAUAGGAAAGAGAUGGAGGAUUGGAUCAGCUCACUGAAGUCUGUACAGACCAGAGAACCUUACGAGGUGGCCCAGUUUAACGUGGAACAUUUCUCAGGGAUGCAUAACUGGUACGCGUGCUCCCACGCCCGACCUACUUUCUGCAACGUGUGCCGAGAAAGCCUCUCUGGAGUCACCUCCCACGGCCUGUCCUGCGAAGUGUGUAAAUUCAAGGCUCACAAACGGUGUGCAGUGAGGGCAACAAACAACUGCAAGUGGACGACCCUGGCCUCCAUCGGGAAGGACAUCAUCGAGAACGAGGAUGGGGUGGCUAUGCCUCACCAGUGGCUCGAGGGUAACUUGCCCGUGAGCGCCAAGUGUGCUGUCUGCGACAAAACGUGUGGCAGUGUUCUCCGUCUUCAAGAUUGGAGAUGCCUUUGGUGUAGAACGAUGGUACACACUGCCUGUAAAGAUUUAUACCAUCCUGUAUGUCCACUUGGCCAAUGUAAAGUAUCUGUCAUACCUCCAAUUGCACUAAAUAGCACUGAUUCUGAUGGUUUCUGUAGAGCAACGUUUUCAUUCUGUGUUAGUCCUUUAUUGGUUUUUGUCAAUUCUAAGAGUGGAGAUAAUCAGGGAGUAAAGUUUCUUCGUCGAUUUAAACAGUUACUAAAUCCAGCUCAGGUGUUUGAUUUGAUGAAUGGCGGUCCUCAUUUGGGUUUAAGAUUAUUCCAGAAGUUUGACAAUUUCCGGAUUCUUGUUUGUGGAGGAGAUGGAAGUGUAGGUUGGGUUUUGUCAGAAAUUGAUAAGCUCAACUUGAACAAACAGUGUCAGCUGGGAGUACUGCCUCUGGGCACGGGAAACGACCUUGCCCGCGUUCUCGGCUGGGGAGGCUCCUACGAUGACGACACCCAACUUCCUCAGAUACUUGAGAAGCUGGAACGAGCCAGUACCAAAAUGUUGGACAGGUGGAGUAUUAUGACCUAUGAACUCAAAUUGCCGCCAAAAGCUUCUCUACUUCCCGAACCUCCAGAGGCGUCUGAAGAAUUUUAUAUGACAAUUUAUGAAGACUCAGUUGCAGCUCAUCUUACAAAAAUCCUCAAUUCUGAUGAACAUGCAGUGGUCAUAUCUUCUACCAAGAUACUUUGUGAGACUGUAAAGGACUUCGUUGCCAAAGUAGAGAAGGCACAUGAAAAAACGCUGGAAAAAGCUGUUGCAGCCGAUGCCGUGGCCAAUAAAUGUUCCAUCCUAAAUGAGAAGCUUGAACAACUGCUCCAGGCUUUGCACACAGAGUCCCAGUCAGGUCCAGUUCUCCCAGGCAUCAGCCCUCUCAUGGUAGAAGAAGAUGCUGUGGAAUCUUCCAGCGAAGAAUCCUUGUGUGAGAGCAAGGAACAUCUCUUGGAUCACACUACAAAACCCUCUUCCCAGAAAGCUGUCAAACCAAGGGAGAUAAUGCUGCGGGCAAACAGUUUAAAGAAAGCAGUGAGGCAAGUCAUUGAGGAGGCCGGAAAAGUGAUGGAUGACCAGCCAGUUCACUCCUCUGAACUAGUUAAUCAGUCGUUCGAUUAUGAUAGCACAGAAACAGAUGAUUCCAAAGAUGAAUUAAAAGAAGAUGAUGUGAAAGAGUCAUUAACUGUUAAAGGUGCACCUCGGUCUCCAGAUGGCCGGUCUGGUCGUUCCCAAACUGAUUCUGGCCCUGGUGCCCCUGUGGCCGCCAGCAAGGAAAACCUCCCUGUGCUCAAUACCAGAAUAAUUUGCCCAGGUUUAAGAGCAGGACUAGCUGCCUCAAUUGCUGGAAGUUCUAUUAUCAACAAAAUGUUGCUAGCAAAUAUUGACCCUUUUGGUGCAACGCCAUUUAUUGACCCAGAUCCAGAUUCAGUAGAUGGCUAUUCAGAAAAAUGUGUCAUGAACAAUUACUUUGGGAUUGGAUUAGAUGCAAAAAUUUCAUUAGAAUUUAAUAAUAAGAGAGAGGAGCACCCUGAAAAAUGCAGGAGCCGAACUAAAAACUUGAUGUGGUAUGGAGUCCUUGGAACUCGGGAAUUAUUACAAAGAUCAUACAAGAAUUUGGAACAGAGGGUUCAACUUGAAUGCGACGGGCAGUAUAUUCCUCUCCCCAGUCUACAAGGAAUAGCGGUGCUGAACAUCCCCAGCUAUGCCGGAGGCACUAACUUUUGGGGUGGAACUAAGGAAGAUGAUAUAUUUGCUGCACCAUCAUUUGAUGACAAGAUCCUAGAAGUCGUUGCAAUAUUUGACAGCGUGCAAAUGGCCGUUUCAAGGGUCAUUAAACUGCAGCACCAUCGAAUCGCGCAGUGCCGUACAGUAAAAAUCACCAUAUUUGGUGACGAGGGGGUCCCAGUGCAGGUGGACGGAGAAGCAUGGGUUCAGCCUCCGGGGAUCAUCAAGAUUGUGCACAAGAACAGAGCUCAGAUGCUCACCAGGGACAGGGCCUUUGAAAGCACCCUGAAGUCUUGGGAAGAUAAGCAGAAGUGUGACUCCUGUAAGCCAGUUCAUCGAGCGAACUUCUUCACCCAGCAGGCGGCGGACCUGGCCACGGAGGAGGUGUCUCAGAUGCAGCUCUGCUCGCAGGCGGCCGAGGAGCUCAUCACCAGGAUCUGUGAUGCGGCCACCAUCCAUUGUCUCUUGGAGCAGGAGCUGGCCCACGCGGUGAACGCCUGCUCCCACGCCCUGAACAAAGCCAACCCACGCUUCCCAGAGAGUCUUACAAGAGACACUGCCACUGAAAUAGCCAUCAAUGUGAAGGCCCUAUAUAAUGAAACAGAAUCUUUACUAGUGGGCAGGGUUCCUUUGCAAUUGGAAUCUCCACAUGAAGAGCGAGUAUCCAACGCCUUACAUUCCGUGGAAGUGGAGCUACAGAAGUUAACAGAAAUUCCGUGGCUUUAUUAUAUCUUACACCCAAAUGAGGAUGAGGAGCCCCCCAUGGAUUGCACCAAGAGAAACAGCAGAAGCACAGUAUUUCGUAUUGUGCCCAAAUUCAAAAAGGAGAAGGUUCAGAAGCAGAAGACAAGUUCACAGCCUGUUCAGAAAUGGGGCACAGAGGAAGUUGCUGCUUGGCUGGAUCUGCUCAAUUUGGGAGAGUACAGAGAAAUCUUCAUCCGUCAUGACAUCAGAGGGGCUGAACUCUUGCAUCUGGAAAGGCGAGAUCUUAAGGACCUGGGGAUACCGAAAGUGGGUCAUGUGAAGCGAAUUCUCCAGGGAAUUAAAGAGCUUGAAAGGCGCACCCUCCAGCCUGAGGUGUAAUCAUACUGGUGCUAUUCCUUGGAAGGAAAGUCAUCGCUACUUAAUACAAAGUCCUUGGGAGCCAAUGGCUGUUCUUGUAGUUUUCUGCCUAGAUGAGUAAGCACCCUAAGACACCUCUAUGGCUUAAUAUUUUGCUAUGGGUGAAAAUUUUGAUUUGAAGUAUUAGAAAAUAUUUUUGUGCCAAAAAAAUACAUUCCACGAAGCCAUUUUCUUAUUGUGCAAACCUGACAUGUUCAAAUAUGCUCAUAUUAGUAAAAAGGUAGGAGGAAUCGGAGACAACUGCAUUGUCCAAAAGGUGGAACUGCAGAAUGUUUACUUUCCUUUAAUCUGGUCAGGUGGGGUUUUCUUAUCGCACAACCGCAUAAAAAUAUGUGGCUGAAACUUACUGGGUUUCACUGUUAGAGGCAUUGGCUUCUUUCCUCAAAUCACUGGCUAGAAGACUAAGAUGUCAGUUAAGUGGUGUUUUGAAUUGGUAUCAUUUCAGAUUUCUAGCUCUCAGUGGUCAGAGAAUAUGGUUAAAAUCCCUCAAACACUAUGAAUGAAUGCAAAUCUUAAUGCACGAUGUUGCUGCCUGAAUUGUUUUUUUGUUUCUUGCAUGUCACAUUUAAUAUGUAACACUUAGCUUUAAUGUCAGUUUUAAUGGAAUUUAAUUUAUUAUUACCUAAGUACCUUUUGGUUGGCUAAAGGCACUUUUCUGUUCUUUGAUGUGGAAUUUUGCAUAUUCUAUAUCUAAGAAUCUGUGAACAUGUGUCUGGGCCCCAAUCAACAAAUGAUAUGUAUCUUAUGCAAGCCAAUUUUAUAUCAGUCUGUCAUAAACAGCAGGUAUGCACAGUAAGAAAAUUCUCUGUAUAUUUUCAUAAAAUUAUAUGUUCUGUUGUCUUAAGAUAACUUAGUAUAGCUCUCCAAACCAAAAUUCUCACACUCUGUUGUUCAUUUCAAUUUAAUAUUUAUUUAAUACUGUGUUUGCAUCUAUAAUAUAGCAGACUGUUGACAACCAGGAAUUUCCCCAGUGUCUCAAACUAGGAUCAGUAUACUGACUGGCCGCCAGAGUCAUUCGCUUACUAAAGAGACAACUGACCGAAACUUCCCAAUGAAAGAGAUUUAAACUUUUUCUUAAGGGCUUUCCAUUAUUAUAUGUCACUUAAUUCUUAUAUCCUGUCAGGCAGAUAUUAUUUCCUUUUUAUAAACCACUGUACUUCAGUAUAGUGCAUGAGAAGUUAACAUUUCUGUGAUCAAAAUCUUUGAAAGCCAAAGGCAUACCUAUCAAAAAGUCAGAAAAAUGUCCUCAAAUAAAUUUACUUUAGACAUCAUAUACUAAAAAAUUCAUUGUAGUAUUUAAAAAUCUUCUAUAUAAGAGAAUUAAACAGGAUACUGACCCAGUGGUGACAGUUGUCAUAAAGUAGCCUUCUAGGAAGGUACUCAAAAGAUAUACAUAUACACAUAAAUGUAUAGACACAUAUAUAUGUACACAUACACGUAUACAUUUAUAUGUACAUUCACACUUGCAUACGUGUAAUCUAAAAUAUACUUUCAUUGAUAUUUUCUAGACUUUUUUGCCAAAUACUUAAAGAGAAAUAUUGAUGGGAAAACAUUUAAAACGAGCUAUUGUCAGACAUAUAAUUUAAUUGUAUCAAAAGGGUUUACAUAUUUGACACUUUAUUCUUAUUUAUGAUUUGAGUAUUUACUAGUAAAAGUCACAGUUUGGAUAUCUUAAAAAUAAAUGAACUCAGGCUCCUGACCAAAUGUGUCUGACUAUAUAUUUUACCUAAGUUGUGAAUAAAUGGGAAAUUUUCCACAUUGUAUCAGGUAGCUUAAAAGAGCCAAGAGCUACUCACUUAGUAAUUUUAACAUUAUCCACACUUACGAAAUCAAAAGUCAUUUCCAGUUCCUUUUAGAGUCAUCCACACUGGAAAGUGUCCUCAGUCACUUCCCUGUGAAAUCAGGCAGUCCAGAUUCUCUGAACUCUGCUUAGAUCAGAAAUCCUUGUCCACACACACACAAAGAAAGGAAAGGUGGAGACAAGGAGGCAAGAAAUCCUAGAAAAGAAUGAAUUAAUAUAAAAAACCUUUAUUGAUUUUUCACUCUCCCCAAAUUCUUCUUUGCCAGUAGAAAAGAUUCUCAGGUUAUCUCUUGUUCAGAGUUUAAGAGUAAGAUGUUAAUGACUGAAUUUUUUAUUUGAUGUUGCUCUUUCACUCUCACCCUGGAGAAGCGAAUGGCAACCCACUCCAGUGUCCUGGCCUGGAGAAUUCCAUGGACCAAGGAGCCUGCUGGGGCUACGGUCCAUGGGGUUGCAAAAAAGUCAGACACGACUGAGUGACUAACACUUUUCACUCUUGAGUAACAUCGCUUACGUAUGCCAAACCUCACUAAACAGAAUCUUUAGCUAGAAUUUUCCUGCAUGUGGCUUUUGGAUGAGGGAAAUUCUUUUUUUUUUUUUUUUUUCAUUUAAUUUUAUUAGUUGGAGGCUAAUUACUUUACAAUAUUGUAGUGGUUUUUGCCAUACAUUGGCAUGAAAUUCUUUAAAAAUGACAAGAUUGAUCUUUAGGGUUAAAUAAGAGCACUUUUCACUCUAUGAACCAUCCAUGCAUGGUUCUGUAGGACCCAGAGGCCUUCACCCUCACCUGCUUGUCAGGACGGUGCCCUCAGAGCCUCGGGAGGCCACAGUCCAGCCUCGCAGAGGAACCAGCUUCUGUGGUAGAUGGGGUUACAGCAAGGCUAGGGGGAGCUUCUCCAUGAGAGCUGAUCAGAGCCCGGGGAGUGCAGAGGGGCUCCGUGCCUGGGUCCACACAUAAGCUGAAGUGAGAUGCUCAAACUGGAGCCUGGCUUGGGGGCUAUAAUUGUGGCCUUUCCUCCCCUCAGGCUCUCCCACACAUGGGUAAUCUCGGAGCACUGGAGGAGACUCACAGCCAACCUCCCAACACUCACUUCCUUUCAUGUUCCCUCACUUUCCUCAUUUUCCUGAGGAACAACUGACUUUUCAAGAAAGACAGGGACAUGGUCAGGCCUGAAUAAAAUUUCCAAGUACUCAUUUUCGCUCAUCCAUCCAUUCUUCUACAUCACUUUCUGAGUUUCAUUCUUAAACUGCCUGGCUUCCCAUCUUUCAGGACUUCCCUGGUAGCUCAGACAGUAAAAGCAUCUGCCUGCAGUGCGGGAGACCUGGGUUCGAUCCCUGGGUCAGGAAGACCCCCUGGAGAAGGAAACGGCAACCCACUCCAGUACUCUUGCCUGGAAAAUCCCAGGACGGAGGAGCCUGGCGGGCUACAGUCCAUGCGGUCGCAAAGAGUCGGACACGACUGAGCGACUUCACUUUCCCAUCUUUCUACAUGCCCAGUGCAGAGAUGGUUACUCACAGUCUCACUGCCAUGUACUACCCUUUCCUCUUCACCUAUCCCACUGCAAAAGGGCUCCUUUUGUCUCACCCCACUUUUGCCCCCCCAGGCUUCCCUGGUGGUUCAGUGGUAAAGAAUCUGCCUGCCAAUGCAGAAAGGCGUGCUAAGUCACUACAGUCACAUCCGACUCUUCAUGACCCCAUGGACUGUAGCCCAUCAGGCUCCUCUGCCCAUGGGAUUCUCCAGGCAAGAACACUGGAGUGGGUUGCCAUGCCCUCCUCCAGGGGAUCUUCCCCACCCAGAGAUCAAACUCACAUCUCUUGCGGCUCCUGCAUUGCAGGUGGAUUCUUUACCACUAAGCCAUCAGGGAUGCGGGUUCAAUCCCUGGGUUGGGAAGAUCCCCUGGAGGAGGAAAUGGCAACCCUCCAGUAUUCUUGCCUGGAGAAUCUCACUAGCAGCAGAACCUGACAGGCUACGCAGUCCAUGGGGUUGCAAAGAGUCAGAUACUACUGAGUAACCAAGCAUGAGCACCUUUGCCCCCUCAUUGUGGGUCAUCUAGCCAAGUGUUAUUAGGAAGAAAACAAUUUAAAUUUUAUAGUUUUCAUUUAAUGGAAGGAGACUUACUCAUCUAAAUGAAUUGAUGGAUUAGAGCAUUUGGGGACCAUGAUGUAAUUGCUCUGGUGGAGAAGAGGUCCGUGAAUGUCCAAGAUCCGAGCUGUCCUGCAUUGUAGCCACUAGCUCCAUGUGGCUAUUUAAAGUUAGUUUAAGUAUAAAUUUACUUUCUCACCUGUCCUAGCCACAUUUCAAGUGCUCAGUAAACCAUAGUAGACGAUUCAGAUGUUGAAUACUUCUAUCAUUGCAAAAAUUUUACUGGGUAAUGUUGCACUACAGUCAUUGCUACUCAAAAUGUGGUCCAUGGACCAGUGGCAUCCUGUCACCUGGGAGCUUAGAGAAGUGCAGAAUCUCAGUCCACUCCGUCCCUACUGAGCCAAAAUCUUCCUUUUACUAAGAUUUGUGAAGUGAUUAGUACUGGCCUAAAUAGUUUUAUCUCUUCUAGAUGAGUGGGAUCUGAGGUCUUCAAAGGUGCUCAGAAUAGCUGACUGUCCAACCCACUCUUUCCUAUCCCUUCUCCAACUAAUCCCAGAAAUGAGCUGAAACUCAUUCAUCACCCAGCUGAGUUUCCCUCUCAAUCCUUAUUCCUAAUUCAGUUUCUAGAUGAGCCCUGCCUACCCAGUAUAUAUUUUGGUAACCAAGGUGGCACACAGAUACUGGCCAACACAGCUGACCUCACUCUAGGCCCUCGCAUCUAAGUCACUGACAGUCUGCAUUUGCUCAUGUGACAUUCUCAUUUGUUCACAACUUAAACCACAGGGAACAUUUCGGAACAAUAUGUACUGAGAUAAGGAAAGACCGGGUCAGUCUCCCGCAACUUGGACUUUUUGCUUUCUCUUAUCAGUAGUUUAUCCUAUUGACAUUGUUCAUGUUUGAGGACACAUAGCAACACACACAUUAAAUGAAUCAUUAGGCAUGCAAAAAAAAAAAAAAAAAAGAGAGACCCAAAAUGAUUGCAAGUAAAAUGAAUAUGUCAUUAAAGCCCUCAAGGCAUGUUUUGCUAGACUAAAAUCUGGCUUUCUUAUUAUGCUACCUUAUGUUGAUUUUCAGGUAGUUAAUAAUUCUUUAAAAGAGUGCCUGAAAAAUAAUAUAUUCUUGACCCUCAAAAUACAAAUUAUGUAAUUCUAUAAUAAGAUCUUUCCCAGUGACAUACAGUUAGUAAGCCUUUUCAAUUUACGUAAUGAUAUAAUUGACCAAAGCAUUACUGCCUAGAGAUUCUUUAGCUACCUUUAAAGAAUAAUGAGAUCACUACUUGAGUCUCCAUAGAAGUUAUUUGUAAUAGGAAUGGAGGAAGGAAAUACUCAUGCAAAGCUAUGACUUAAGAAAUUAGAGCGGAAACUUCCCUAUGACAUGUCUAAAGUAAAUGAUCUGGUUUGCCCAACAGGGUUGACAACAUAGUGGACUUUUAAUGUUGUACAGAUGUGAAUUCUUUAAAGAUACUGCUUUUCUUUAAGCUGUAAAAACAUUACAUCUCUCAACCUUGACAUCUACGGUCCCUCCUGCCGUCCCCUUCCAAAAUGAACUUACCUUGAAUGUUUCAAGUGCAGGUUGGACUGAUGAUCGAAGUGGCAGUUCUUUAAGUCAGCUGAAAAGGAUGGGAAGUGAAGAGUCCUCAGUACUCAGUACUGGUCAGUGGAGUGGCUUCCCAAGUGGUUUCCAGAGCUGGGCUGCCAUGUCUGUCCCCUCACUGCCCCUCGCCGGAUGCCAGGGGGCCCGGGGCUUGUUUCUCUCUGCUACGGCAUCUCCCCAAUGACUCCUGUAUAGCAGUCUCUGUCUUAGAUGGAUAAUAUGUUGACUUUGCAAUGGGAUGCCUUCCUGAAGAAACAAGCAAAACUUUAGAAGGACAGUGAUUGAUUUUUAUAAUAUGUAGAGCACUAAUUUAUAUCUUUCUUAUUGUUUUCUCUAUUAUUUUCUCCAAGUUUUGUUGAGAGAUAUUUCCGUUAGAAUGGAAAAAGCUAUAAAGGUUUGUCGUUAUAGAGAACAGAGAGAGAAAUGACAGCUGGACUGUACCUAUUUGUGUAUUUCUUUCUGUUAUUUUCAGGAGAAUCUUAACACAGUAACCAAGGCUGUGUUAAACUCAGUAACGAUAGGGACUUCACCAAAGGUCCAGUGGGUAAGACUUGUGCUUCCAAUUCAGGGGGCAUGGGUUCAAUCCCUGGCCAGGGAACUGGGAUCCUGCAUGCUGCACAAUGCGGCCAAAAAAACUCAGUAAUGGUGUUUAAUAAAAACCCCAUAUUACUAAUAUAAGUGAACAAGUUAAUUCUUUUAUGUAAUUAAGAUUCUAUUUACAUGUAUUUAUAUCUUCUCUCUUAAUUUUGUAUGCACUUCCAAGUUUUAGUUGGAAAAAUAGAAACCAAGCCACUACUUACAAGUUAUUAAAAAAAAAAACUCCACAUAAAAUAUUUCAUUUUAGCUAUGAGUUACUCAUUGUAUAGAAAUUUAUGAAUAGUCUGGAUAUUUCAUAGAACUGCGCUUCAAGAAUAAAUUAACCUAACCUAAAGGAACAUAUGGUAACUUUUUAAAUGGAAUAAAAUGUUUCAUACUCAGCUGAUAAGGCUAUUGAAGUAGGUCAAUGAGGUUAGGUAUACAAGCUAAAAAGGAAAACAAAUAUAUUUUGUGGUCCUUACUGUUUGAUUGCACUAUUGUUUACCACAGCUUAGCCAUAUCUAUUUCUAUAUUCUAAGUAUUAAGCUGAUAUAUAGCUAUAAGAUUUCUUACAGUUCUGGUAACUGGUAGCUAGUGCUGUGAAAGGUUUUGGUGUUGUAAUAUUCCCAGUUUUGUGACUUAUAUAUUGUAUAUUGAAGAUGACUAAUAAAUUGGAGUAAUAUAUUUAUCUAGAGCUGGGAAAAUAUGAUAUUUUCAAAUCUUCAAGUAAGUUGUAUCAAAUUUUUUCUUUCUCUUAAGUGAGAUAAAAGUCUCACUUUUAUGUUAAAAUGUCUAUUUAUACAACAGGUUUCACCUUUUACUGGUUUUAUUAAUUUUCAUAUUAAAAUUUUUCUUAUCUUUUUAUACCAAAAUAGUGAUCACGCUGGUGAUUCAAACUUCCAAGAUGUAUUUUAGUUUGCAGGGCUUUUGGCAAACAAAAUACUUAAUAACAAAGCAGCUUUGUACAUUUUGUGGCUUUGGGGGCAAGGAUUUUGCCUUUGAAACUCUAUGUGAGGCAGUGCUGAUAUCAGCAAAGUCAAUGAUGGACAGUAUUAUUCAUAAUCAGCAGCAGAAGGUUUUUGCAAGAUGUGUAAAUCAGAGUGCAUUUAUUUAUUAUACCAUGAAAUUUAAUCUUUAUACAAAAUGCAUAUUCUAGCUCUUUUCCUUGUUACUGCUGUUGCUUAGAGUGUAAUAGCUCUGUUCAUAACUUACUUAUGUACUUGAAGGACUCAUUUCUGCCAAACAGAUGCCCAGUUUUUUUCCUUGUAAAAAAUGGUAUUCUUCACCUUCCUAGACAAUGGAAAAGUCAUAGGGACUUUGUUUUAAAAAAAUCAUUUUCAUGUUUAAAAUAAAUACGGAAAAAGGCAUAAAUCAAAAAGUGAAAUCAUCAAGAUUAAGAACUUAAUGUUACAAAGGGAUUCAUCAUGCUGUAUUUGCCCAAUAUACAUUUUAUCUUCAAGUCAGAACAUCUUUUCUGUAGUAAACUUUCAACUUUUGUUGUAAAAGAGAGCUCAGUGAUUAUACUGCCAGUAUAACAUUUGAGGGCUUCCCUUGUGGCUCAGUGGUAAAGAAUCCACCUGCAAUGCAGGAGAUGCAGAAGACACAGGUUCAAUCCCUGGGUCGGGAAGAUCCCCUGGAGGAGGGCAUGGCAACCCACUCCAGUAUUCUUGCCUGGAGAAUCCCAUGGAGAGAGGAGCCUGGCGGGCUACAGUCCAUGUCCAUGGAGUCACAAAGAGUCGGACACAACUAAAGUGACUGAGCAUGCAGGCAUUUGAAUGAACAUUCAGAAUCUUGAACCCUCCAAAUCUCACAUACUUCCAGCUCUUGGUUUCAAAGUGUAUGUUCUUAACAGGUUUGCAUUUGACUCUGGGCUGCUUUAGUCAGAGUACCCAUAAGCGAUUAUGGUUUGUCACUUUGUUUCUGUCAGUUAAGUCAGUGAGAUUCUAAUUGAGUCUUGAAUUAUUUCUGUUUUCGAAAUAUUCUCUAUUCAACUUUUUAAAAACCAAAAAUUUGAAACCUAAUAGCACAACAGCAUACCACACGGAAUAAAAAUCACAUUUUCAAGAAAAAUGUCACAUAUAAAGAAAUCACUUUAAUAAGCCCUAAAUUCAGCUGCCAUAUUGCUUUACAGUAUAAGCGGUAGAUGAAUUGUAAACUGUUUAAGAAAUGUAGAAAAUUAAGAAUUUAACUCAAAAGAGUUUUAUAUUAAUUUUACUAUUGCACAAUCAAUUAUUGAAGGCAGGAAAGAAGAAAAUAUAUGAGAAACAUCCUGUGGAAAUUAAAGGAUAAAGGAGCUUGGUAAUUUGGGAGAGUUUUGGAAAUGAGUGUGAAUGUAGAUCUCUUUCAGCUUAAAUUAUAGAAAUGCAAAGCCGGUGUGAGAUAUAUGGCGGACAUGAAACAAGAAGAAUAUAAAAAUGUCACACUGGUGAAGUUUGGAAUUGUACCUUUACUCUUUUCAAAAUUACCAGUGAGUUUAAGGAGCCCAUUUCUACUGUUGAAGCUUGGAAGUCAGUUAAAAGGUAUUGGUUGGCCAGAAAGCUCAUUUGGGAUUUGCCAUAACAUUUUAUAGCUAUGAUAUAGUUGGAUAACCUGAUGAUUUGUGUGCAUUACAUGAGGCAAAAUAAACCCCAAUAUAUAUACAGCCUUCCUAGACAAUAAUCCCUGGACUUCCCUGGUGGCUCAGAUGGUAAAGCGUCUCCCUACAAUGAGGGAGACCGGGCUUCGAUCCCUGGGUCAGGAAGAUCCCCCUGGAGAAGGAAAUGGCAACCCACUCCAGUACUCUUGCCUGGAGAAUCCCACGGAUGGAGGAGCCUGGCAGGCUGCAGUCCAUGGGGUCGCAAAGAGUCGGACUUGACUGAGCGACUUCACUUUUUUCAAGUAGUGAGUGAUAAAGAGAGGACUGGUCAGUAGGGCUUAGCAACUUCUCAAAGAAGAGCUCUGGUGAAGGUAGAUCAGACCAGACCACACAGAGUAAAGAGAUGCCUAUGAACCUUCUCAGCCUUGAAAUUUGUUAGCAAGGAUGGAUUUUUCUUUGAUUUGAAACAAAAACAAAGUAUUCAAAUUUACAGUAUUCCUAGUAGCUGAAUCCUGUGAUGCUAGAUGUGGGAAUAGAGUCAGGUUCAUUGGAUUCCAAAAACUGACUUUGGCCCUGGCUCACUGAGUCCUUUCUACGAGCUCUAUGUUUUGGUCCUUUGGCUUCCCUUAUUAGAAAUGGUCCACGAUAUUUUCAGUUACAAGUACCAGGUGAUUUUUCUUUUACAAGAGGAAUUAUGUAAGUGUGAAUCGUACUUAAACGUACCUCUUUUCCCACUGUCGUUAGAUAUAAAGGAUUCCCAGACUAUAGCAUGAAUUAAAAGUCCGAGUUAAUAUCCUUCAAUGUUCAUUUUAAAAAGGAGAGUGAAGUUACAUUAGCACUGUCUUGCCCAAAAUAGGUUAUAGGUAUUUUCAUCUAUGUAGUAUAGAUUUAUAUAUUCAUUUAGGAUAGGCUAAAAUCUUAACUUCUAAAGUCUUCAGAAAUUUAGAGUAAUUUUUUUACACUCACCCCAGACAAACAUUUUAUUAAUACAUAUAUAGUGCAUAUUAUAUAAUAUAGCUGAGUUCUGUGAUUCUGUUAUAUAUAUAUAUAUAUAUAUAUAUAUAACUAAGACCUGCACAUCUUUUCAUAGCUUAAAUCCCCAAAGAGGAAAUGUCUCUUUAAAUCAGUGUUGAAAAAAAGGAACACUGGACUCCUCCCUUACCAUAUUUUACUCUGUGAUGUCACUUACCCAGUGAAUUCUGAAUGGUUUCCUUGCUAUUUGAUCUGAAGCAUACAUCACUGUCUUCUCUAGCUAUGGAGUGGUACUCUCUUGCAAAGUACCUUUAAAACUUCCGGUAAAGAAAUUAAGCUAGAGAUUGUCUUACUCAUUACCAUAAUGAAAAUCUGAGUACAAUUAAAGGAAAGAAAUUAGAAUAACCCAGUUAAAAUGAUCAAAUGUAGAUGAGGGUAAAUGAAUAUUGACUUUAUUUUUCCCUGACCCUUGAAUUCAGUCACUCUGACCACUUGACUCAAAAAGUUCUUUGCUAGAUAUGCUAUUUAUAGUAGUAUAAUAUGAUACAUUGGCGCUCCUGCGGCAUCCCUCUCCCCUAAAAAUGUUGGGAUUUUAAGAGGCUGUAAGCUGCAUGACAUCAAGGAAAAGAGUGAAUCAGAACUCAUUCACCUGUGUUUUAAUCUAUCUUAAUGGCUUCUCUGGCAGCUCAGUGGUAAAGAAUCCACCUGCCAUUGCAGGAGAUGCAGGUUCAAUCCCUGGGUCAGGAAGAUCCGUUGGAGAAGGAAAUAGCAACCCACUCCAAUAUUCCUGCCUGGGAAAUCCCAUGAACAAAGGAGCCUUGCAGGCUACAGUCCUUGGGGUCACAAAGAGUUGGGCACGACUUAGCGACUCAACAAUAACAACAAUGGCACAACUUAGCUUUCAUAAUAACAGAUCUCUAAAUGAUGAUUCCCAAAUGAUUUGGUACAGUGAUGGGAAUAAGUUAUUUUUCUGGGAAUUUGCUUCCCACAAUGACCUGAUAUACAGUUGAUCUUAGUAUAACUUAAAUUAAUUAUAAUUUUAAUUAGAACCUUCCCUGUUUACAGAUUUCUGUUGUGCAGCAAUUUUUUUAUAUACGUAAUGAUGAGGAUGAAAGCAUUGCAAACUCAAGCAGUUCUUUUGUUUCCUCGCCUCCUUCUACUUGAAAAGCUUUCAGAAAGCUUUUGAGAGGUGACACAGUUCUCAUAGCAACAUUAUGUGAUCAUGUUCUUCUGCCAAGAAACUCCUAAGCUAAAAUAUGGAACAAAACACAAGCCUAAGCUAAUCUUGGUUUUGAAUUGUGUAAACCGAAGCAUUUUCUAUAUCAAAGGUUUUUUUUUUUUUUUUUAGUAUUUAUACAGUUGCAUAUUUUCUUUUUUGUCCAUCUCAAAAAUUGAAUUGGCAUUUUAUGUUCUAUUUCUAAUUAGUUGCAGAAAAGCAAAGUGAUAAUUCCAUUCAGACCUUUAUCACCACAAACCUUCAUUAUUAUUCUCUCUUGUGCUUUUGCUCUAGUUUUUCAGUAACCAGUUUUCCCUCCUAAUUCUCCCCUACCGCUCAUCCAACUUCCACUAGACUGACUGAGUGGUCUUUUUAAAACACAGAUUUCUUUUGUCAUGACUCAGCUGAAAAAAAUCUUAACUAGACUCUCCCUCUUUACAGCACAGCAACCCACCUCCUUAGCGUGAUGGAUAAGGAUCUCCAUGACCUCGUCACACCAUUUUUAGCAUCCUCACCUACCAUUUCCACUAGAGACCUUUUGUAACCCAGGAAUUUGGAGCUACUCACAGUUCAGUGCUUUGGCAUAAUCACUUGCUGGAGAUUAACUCAUUUAAGAUUCAGUUCAGAUUUUACCUUCUGUGACACUCUGCCUAACUACCCAGAAGGUUAAGUAUUUCAUCCAUGCUCCAUAGUCUCUUGGAAUUUAUUCUGUAAAAUUAUUUCAAUAAUUAUUGAAUAUGUAUGAAUAUAUGAAAGAAAAGUUAAAGUGUUAGUCACUCAUUCGUGUCCGACUCUUUGUAAGCCCAUGGAUUGUAGACCAUGAGGCUCCUCUGUGGAAUUCUCCAGGCAAGAAUACUGGAGUGGGUAGCCAUGUCCUUCUCCAAGGGCUUUUUCCGACCCAGGGAUUGAACUUGGGUCUCCCACAUUGCAGGCAGAUUCUUUACUCUGAGCCAUUCGGGAAGCCCCCAUAUAUGAUAUAUAUAUAUCACAUUUCAGCAAUUCUGUGUAUCUGCUUGUCAACAACUGGAUUUCUCUAUCUUCGUAGUUUCAGUGUCUAGCGAGCCCAUGGUAGGAUUUUAAUAAAUGUUUUUGAAAUGGUGAAGGUAAUACAGAGCCCAGACUUCUCUGUCUUUUUGCACUUAACACAUAAACUUUCCUGAGAGUCCAUAAGAGGUGGGUGUGUGUUCAGAAGCAUGCAGGAACUCUAGGAGAAUCAACAGAAGAGAAACAGCAGGAAAGAACAGUUGAUUUAUGAAGGAUAAUCAUUUGUUAACUACUCAUGAGAAAUAUUUACCAAAUUUGAAUUCUUGUUUCUUAAAGUUGAGGCUUAGAAAAUUUUCAUGUAACUGCAGAAUUCUUAUUUGUAAUUCAUAGAUAUGCCUUAAAGAUGAUCUUUCUCGUUGGCAGAUGUUCUGUAUUCAGUGUAUACAGUCUACAUAGAUAUAUAUACUAAUGACCUACACAAAACAAUGACACUUGAGAAAGAAUUUAAAAAAAACGCGAAGGUAAAAUUUUCUGAAAAAUAGUUUUCAACCAGAGAUAGAGAAUGAUUUGUGCAGUUUCAGGUCAUUUUUCAGGUCAUUUAUAGUUAAUGAUUAUUUCAUUUUUUAUUAUGUAAAUGCAAGAAGGCUUCUUUGCCGCUGUUGGUGACUCAGAUGGUAAAGAAUCUGCCUGCAGUGCGGGAGACCAGGAUUUGAUCCCUGGAUCGGGAAGAUCCCCUGGAGAAGGUAGUGGCUACCCACUCCAGUAUUCUUGCCUGGAGAAUUCCAUGGACAGAGGAGCCUGGCAGGCUACAGUCCAUGGGGUUGCAAAGAGUCAGACAUGACUGAGCAACUCACACACACACACGGAACAUAAAGACUAAAAACUAUUACCUAAGGGACUGUUUUUAUUUUGUGAUUCUAUAAAGCCUUUCUACCAUGUCUCCAAAUUAUGAUAAAGGUUGACACAAAAAAUCCUUUAAAGUCAAUUUUUAAAAUUAAAUACGUCCAAAAUUUGCAUAUAAUUAAAUUAAAUGACUUCUUACUUCACUCAGGAUUUUUUCUACCUGGUCUACAUUUGACCUUUGAUUCAUGCUGGGGAUGCAAAUAAAAUAAGACCGCUCUUAUCUAAUAGAGUUCAAGUUCAUGUUCAUGAUUAUUUUUCUAGUCUGUUUAAGAAAUUGGGAGGACAUGUUUUUAAGGCAAAUAUUACUUCUCAGGGUUUUCCAGAGAAGUCAUCACCUUCCACCUAAAAAACUAACAAGUUCUGUGUCAUAAAGGACUAAUCUUGUUUUUAUGUACACAAUUUUUGUAUUUUCAGGUCAACUGCAAAUAAUUUUUGACCAUCACUCGUCAAGUACAUCUUUCACCAAAUCUAUAAAACCCCAUUUCCACAACCAUAGGUGCUGUACAUUAUUCAAAUGACUAAUGAGUUUAUAGAACACAAGUUCAACUUUAAGUCCAUUUGAGGAAGGCAUAUAUCCUUAUUAAUGACAGUUACUCCAAAAUAUAUGAAAUAUCCAUUGGGAAUUCACAGUAAAAGGAAAAAGUUAUAAAAUAAUGCUUUGCAAUGUACUUCAAAGGCUCCAUUUGUAGUUAUGGGUUGAUGUUUCCACCACUUUUAUUUUUAAUGGGGAAAAAGGAGUUGUAAUACUAACAGCUAGCAUACUUAUCUAAGCAUAUAGUAAAUCCACUAUUAGUAUUUAUGUGCCAUAAUACACUGAUAUAUAGAUGAAAUAAAAAUAUUUGAGUUGCAAAAAAUUAACUUCUCUGAAUAUUUAUUAAUGGUUAGAUAAUUGGGUUCCUUUAUAAGAAGGAAAAAAUAUUGUAAGUAUGAGAAAAACCUUACUUGAAUGUAUACUUACAUUUUGAUAGGCACAUUUUGAAGUCACCAUUUCCCAUCAGUAUAAAGUAUCAACCAUUUCUAUGUUCUCUAGCAAAAAGAAAUUCUUAGUUUGAUAGAACUUAACUCUUUGUUCCAUGUUCUGAAAGGCCCACAAACAAAGGAGGCUCAGAAGACUGGACACUUGACCGUUACACUCAGCAUCUUCAUUCUACCUUUCAAUAACGAGAAUCAGUAAUGAUUUGCCUCUUAUUUAUCAUCACAUUGAAUAUCUAACAGCAUAGUUCCUUUCGUCCCUUGCAUUGCAGAAGAUAGUUGUAUUCUAGCCUUUGCCAUAUUACUUAUAACUAAUAAUUUACUACAUUUUUGUAGUCCGUUUUGAAACUUUUAUCUGAAAGAUGGAGAUCCUAUCUAUUUAUUAUACAGUGGGCUCUGUUUGCUGCAGAAAAGAGUGAAACUUUAAAUUGCUUAGCACACUUGCCAGUGAAAUAUACCUGACAGAGCAGAGGUUAUAACUUUAGCUCUAAUAACUUUUAAUAAUGGUAAGAAAACGUGAGUUUUGUUUGUUUACAUGCUGUUUACAAUGGCAUAAUUUUUUAAAUAUAUACAACAAUUGAGAUAUUUAUUGCAUACUAUUUUAAAGAUGUUUUAUGUGUUUUCACCUUUGGAAUAUAUUAUUACAGUUCCUUAUACUGAUAAUUUGGGUGGCUUUGUUAAUGUAGCUAGUAACUUUUAUGACUACUAAGUGACCGGGUUUCCGUGCCUUUCAUUGUGGGAUGCAUGAUUAUGUAUUUAUUGUAUGGAAGUCACUGAUGCGUGUAUUUUUGUACUUUGCCGAGAGUAAUGGUUGAUCUCGAUGUAUCUAAUGAUGAGAGAUGCCUUUCCCAAAGGGCACUGCCUUGAGAUUGUCCUUCUCAAAUAAAAAGAAUGCAUUUGGAGUGUG